AUGGCUGAGUCAGUUCAAUUUGCUGUUACUUCAAAUCUCAGGUUGGCUUCCGCAGAUUUUCUUGAAUUUGGAAAGCAAUAUAAUGUGAGGGAAGCGUUGGAAGAGCUUAAGAACACUAUUGAAUCUAUCAAUGAUAAGCUCCUUGAUGCCGAAGACAAACAAGAUCAAGACGUUGGUGUGCGAGUUUGGAUCAGAAGGUUCAAAAAAGUACUUCAUCAGGCAGAUGACUUCUUAGAUAAGCUUGCUAUCCAAUCCACGAGAGACAAAUUGGGUGCAGCAGAAGGAAAAGAAGUAAACAAGGAUUUGAAUUUAAGCCCAAGAUCAAGGGUGGUUAAGAAAACUAAUAGUGAAUGGAGGGAAACGUGCUCUUUUGUAUUAGAGUCAGAUAUCAUUGGAAGAGAUGAUAGUAAAAAGGAGAUCAUUAGUCUGUUGAGACAACCACAUGAAAAGCAAACAGUUUCUGUGAUUGCUAUUGUUGGCAUUGGUGGUUUAGGGAAGACAGCUCUUGCACAGUUGGUGUAUAAUGACUUGGAAGUGCAGAAUUUUUUUGAAAUGCAAAUGUGGGUGUGCGUCUCUGAUAACUUUGAUGUGAAAACUAUUCUGAAGAAAAUAUUAGAAUCAAUUACUGGCAACCAAAUUGAAGUCAAGAUAUCAUUAGACAACUUGCAAAAAAGGCUACGUGAAAAAAUAAGUGGUAAGAAAUAUUUGUUGGUCUUGGACGACAUUUGGAAUGAGAAUAAUAAAAAAUGGGCUGAAGUGAGAACUCACUUGAUGUGUGGUGCUCAAGAUAGCAAGAUUUUAGUGACAACUCGAAGUGAAAUUGCAGCGAAGACAAUGAGUGCUAGCACUUCCUAUCUUUUGAAAGCCUUGACUGAAAAAGAAUCUUGGAGUUUGUUAAAGAAAACUGCGUUCGAGGAUGGUUCCGAAGUAGUGAAUCAAAAUCUAGAAUCAAUGGGGAAAGAAAUAGCAGGAAAAUGUAAAGGCAUUCCAUUAGCCGUUAAAACGCUCGGAGGCCUGUUAAGAGGACAAUAUGAAGAAAGCAAAUGGAAGGAUGUUUUACACGGUGACUUCUGGAAAUUAUGUAGAGAGCAAGAUAGCAUAGUGCCAAUUCUAAAACUCAGUUACCAAAACUUGUCCCCAGAGAUGAGACAAUGUUUUGCUUAUUGCUCUAUAUAUCCCAAGGAUUGGAUAAUUUUCAAUGAUGAGUUGAUUCAGUUGUGGAUGGCACAAGGUUACCUUCAAUGUUCAACUGAUAAACAAUGUAUGGAAGAUAUUGACGCGGAAAGUGAAGAUGGUGAGAUCAUUAGUUUCAAAAUACAUGAUUUAAUGCAUGACCUUGCAAUGCUUGUUGCUGGAAAUGAUUAUUGUUACUUGGAUAGUAAGGCAAAGAAACUCGUAGGUAGACCCAUGCAUGUAUCAUUGGAACUCGAGGCCAUUCAUUUACUGGAUUUGUUAGACGAAAACAGGCUGCGAACUUUGAUUUUGUGGUCUUACGAUGAGGACAUUGAAGGGGAACUACCCGUUGCAAAUUUCAAAUACUUACGCGUCUUGAAGAUGCCUUGUUCUUCCAUAGUCAAGUUGUCUGCUUCUGCUGAACAGUUGGAGCAUUUAAGAUAUCUUGAUUUGUUUGACAGCGCAGGACGGGUAAGUCUUCCCAAAUUUAUAUGCAACCUUGUUUUCUUACAAACAUUAAAACUGGGGAAUUGCGAUGAAUCAUUUUCAAAAGAUGUCGCAAAAUUAGUCAAUUUGAGAUUCCUUGAUAUUGUUGAUUAUGAUGACUCCUUCACUGGGAUGGCCGUUGGGUUGAGAAAAUUGUGCUCUUUGCAAAUCUUAUCAAUCUUUAUUGUGGGAGACAGGCAAGAAAUAAAUUACGGCACAUUAAAUGAACUGAAGGACUUAAUAAGAGGAAAAUUACGAAUGAAGCAUCUCGAUCGGGUCAGAGACGUGGCUUGGGAAUCACAGGACGUAAAUUUAAAACAAAAAAAAUUCCUUCAAUCCUUAACUCUCACUUGGUCGUAUCAAGACAUCUGUAACAGUGACAGCUUACAAUUAUUAGAAAACCUUAAGUCCCACCAUAAUCUUAAGCGAUUGAAGGUGAAUUAUUAUCCAGGUGUGCUUUUCCCAAAUUGGCUUUCCCUCCUCACUAAUGUUGUUGACAUCAGUCUCUAUGCGUUUGAUAAGUGUCGUUUUCUCCCACCGUUGGAACGUCUCCCUUACCUGAUGUCACUUGUGAUAGAGUUACUUCCUGAAUUGGAAUACAUAUAUAUUCAUGAAGAUGGUUUUGCAGAAACCUUCUUCCCCUCUUUGAAGAGCCUCGUAUUAAGAGGAUGUGGGCAACUCAGGGGAUGGCUAAAGCCGGGAGAUGAUAUAAAUGAUUCACAAAAUAUCUCCUCACCUUAUUCAUUUCCUCAUCUUUCUCAUCUGGAAGUAUCUAUCUGUCCACAGUUGACUUGCAUGCCUACUUUUCCAAAUCUUAAGGAUUUAAAAUGGUAUCAAUGUAGUGCCGAGCCAUUAACAGAGACACUAAACACAACGUCAACAUGUUCAGUUGACUCAUCUUCCUCCGCUGCUCCUCUUUCCAUGCUCAAAGACUUGGAAAUUUCUGAUCCUAUAAAUUUGCGGAAGGGUUGGAUGCAAAAUCUGACUUCUCUCGAGUCUCUUCGAAUUCAAGGGUGUCACAGUGAAACACUGGAGGAAUUUCAAACUGGGUUUAAGGACGACACCAACUGCCUUAUUUCUCUGCAACAAAUCACCAUACUUGGUUGUGAAAAACUGAAGGCUUUGCCUGAUUGGAUUUGCAACCUCUCGUCGCUUCAGCAUAUCUCGAUCUUCGGUUGCCCAAAAUUGGUAUCGCUGCCCCAAGGAAUGAGUCGUCUUACCAACUUAAAGAUCUUUGAGGUUGAUAGUUGUUCCCUCUUACUUGAAGAAUGCCGAACAGCGACAAGUGCUAUUUGUCUCCAAAUCGCACACAUCCCACAAAUUAUCCUUCUUAAUCGCUUAUCAUAA